UACAUUGAUUUUAACAAUGAAACGGCUAACUAUACUAAUGAUAUUUGUGGUUUUAGUUAAAACCGAAUUUGUGAGUCAUACGGAUUCAGAAAUAGCGAAUUAUAAUGCUCAUAAUUACACAUCGAAAGGCAUAACAGAUUUUACCAUCAAUACUCAAGUCGAUGGUAUUUUAGAUCAAGUACGCAUAUUUUUAAGAAACAAUGGUUUCGAUCCAACUGAUUUACCAGAUCAUACGACUGAAUUUUCUGUACAAGGUAUUUUUACCCAUAAUGGUCGAAUAAUUGUAAAGAAAGGUUGGAUGCAAGAUAUGCGUACAAUAGCGCGAUUUUCUGAUGCUACUUUUUCAAUGAGACCGCUAUUAAAAGCGCAUGUUAAAGUGCCUAUUAUAAUACCACAUCUUGAGUUUGGGUACGAUUAUUCAGUGAAGUUUGAUUUAUCAAGACGUUCAGGUGGAAUCAUAGGAUCUGUUGAUAAUUAUCGACUGUUUGUGUAUGCCGUGUAUGAUGUAAUGCGAAAGAAAAUUAAGUUUAAUCAAUUUGAUACUCUUGACAUUGGGAAAAUCAAUAUAAAAUUAACGGGAAAAACAUGGACAGAUUGGUGGAUGAAUUCUUUUUUGGAUGCUGUAACAAAAACACUUCAUGAUGAUAUUGUACAAGUUGUGAACACUACACUUUGCACAGUUGCUGAUCGGAUUGCUGACGUUAUUAAUAAUAAACGAUACAGUGUUUAUCCUGACCACUUUCUGCCGGCAUAUGAUUUGAACGCGUAGUUACUAAGUUUAUUAAUGUCUAAAAUAGUUAGUUAGUAGUAAUUAAGAAAGGCCAACAUUGUGUGUUAAGUCCAAAGAAUCGCUCUGCUAGAAUAUCCUUCUUAAAAUAUCAUUGUGAAAGAACUACCUUAGGUUAUGAUUGGUUAUGUAACGGGCGGUUAUGGAUCGACUGGUAGAUUUUUUGUUUAGUUAAAAAUAACUGAAUUGGUUUUAAUUUCGUAUGCGAAAUUUCAAAUAUGAGCCUCAUUUUC